AUGCUUAGAGUUAGAACCAUAAGACAGGGUAAUACAGUAGUACCCUACCUUCACAAAAGAUGUUUAGCUACACAAGGAUUCAGCUACCCUGUUCCUCCAGAGUAUGAAUCAAGAACCCCGCCCUAUUCAAAAUUAGUUGACAAACUUGCGACAGUUAAAAAAAUAGUCAACAAUCAGCCGUUGACUCUUGCUGAAAAGAUUUUGUAUUCUCAUUUAUGUAAUCCCGAGGAAAGUCUCACUUCAUCAAAUGUUAACGAUAUCAGAGGUAAAGAAUAUUUGAAAUUAAACCCCGAUAGAGUUGCGAUGCAAGACGCAUCUGCUCAAAUGGCUUUGUUACAAUUCAUGACCUGUGGUAUGAGUUCAACUGCAGUCCCAGCAUCAAUACAUUGUGAUCACUUGAUUGUGGGAAAAGAUGGUGCAUCUUCGGAUUUGACCAAAUCAAUUGCAACCAAUAAAGAAGUGUUUGAUUUUUUGCAAAGUUGUGGUGAGAAAUAUGGUAUUCAAUUUUGGGGACCAGGAUCAGGUAUCAUUCAUCAAAUUGUCUUGGAAAACUUUUCAGCUCCUGGGUUGAUGAUGUUGGGUACUGAUUCACAUACACCGAACGCUGGUGGUCUUGGUGCUAUUGCCAUUGGUGUUGGUGGUGCAGAUGCUGUUGAUGCAUUGACAGGAACACCAUGGGAGUUGAAGGCACCAAAAGUUUUAGGUGUCAAAUUGACGGGUAAGAUGAGUGGUUGGACAUCACCAAAGGAUGUUAUCACUACAUUGGCAGGUAUUUUAACCGUCAGAGGAGGUACAGGAUAUAUUGUUGAAUAUUUUGGUGAUGGAGUUGCCAACUUGUCAUGUACUGGUAUGGCUACUAUAACUAAUAUGGGUGCUGAGAUUGGAGCUACCACAUCCAUAUUCCCAUACCAAGAAGCUCACAGAAGGUACUUGAUUGAGACGAAUAGAGAACCAGUAGCGAAUGCAGCAGAUGCAGUAAAUAAAGAAGUAAAAUUCUUACAAGCUGAUGAGGGUGCUGAGUAUGACAAGGUUAUCGAAAUCAACCUUUCUGAAUUGGAACCACACGUUAAUGGUCCAUUUACCCCUGAUUUAUCAACUCCAAUUUCCAAAUUUGGAGAAACUGCACAAAAAGAAGGUUGGCCAGAAACUGUUUCAGCUGGUUUAAUUGGAUCUUGUACAAACUCAUCCUAUCAAGAUAUGUCAAGAGCCGUCUCCAUUAUUAAACAAGCAGAAGCGGCCGGAUUAAAACCAAAAAUUCCAUUUUUUGUUACGCCAGGUUCGGAACAAAUUAGAGCAACGAUUGAAAGAGAUGGACUUAUAAGUACAUUUGAAAAAAAUGGCGCUAUUGUUUUGGCCAAUGCUUGUGGUCCAUGUAUUGGACAAUGGGAUAGAGUUGAUGUGCCCAAGACAUCUACUGAAUUUAAUGCGAUUUUCACUAGCUUUAAUAGAAAUUUCAGAGCUAGAAAUGAUGGAAAUAGAAACACCAUGAAUUUCUUGACGUCUCCAGAUAUGGUUACGGCAAUGAUUUACUCAGGUGAUAUCAAUUUUAACCCAAUGACUGAUAGUAUUAAAUUGGAGAAUGGCGAAGAGUUUAGGUUCCAGCCACCGGAGGGAGUUGAUUUGCCAAAUAAGGGAUUCAUCAAAGGUAGAUCAGAAUUUUAUCCUGAACCAAAUCCACAACCAAAACCAGAAGUACCAGUUAGUGUUAGUCCAACAUCCGACAGAUUACAAUUAUUGGAACCUUUUGAACCAUGGAAUGGUGACGAGUUGUCAACCAAUGUACUACUCAAAGUCGAGGGAAAAUGUACUACCGAUCACAUUUCUGCUGCUGGUGCAUGGUUGAAAUACAAGGGUCAUUUGGAAAACAUUUCAUACAAUACUUUAAUUGGUGCUGUCAACAAAGAAACUGGUGAAGUUAAUAAAGCAUACGAUUUGAAUGGUGACUCAUAUGGUAUUCCUGAAUUGAUGAUGAAAUGGAAAGAUGACAAAAGACCUUGGGUCGUUGUUGCUGAACAUAACUAUGGUGAAGGUUCAGCCAGAGAACAUGCUGCAUUAUCACCAAGAUUUCUUGGUGGGUCAGUAAUUUUAGUGAAAUCAUUUGCAAGAAUCCACGAAACAAAUUUGAAAAAACAAGGUAUGUUGCCAUUAACUUUUGCUAACGAAGAAGAUUAUGACAAGAUACUGGCGGGUGAUUUAAUCACUACGAUUGAUUUGAAAGAUAUGAUUGCCAAAGAUGGAAAUAAUGGAGGAACAUUGAGAUUGAAAGUGACAAAGAGAGAUGGACCAGAAUUUGAAAUUUUGGCUAAACAUACAAUGUCAAAAGAUCAAGUUGAAUUUUUCAAAGCUGGAUCAGCUAUUAAUUAUAUUGGUAAUUUGAAAAAGCAAGAGGCAAGCGCUUGA